AUGGCAGCACAUUUCCAUUCCCAGGAAGAUGCUGCAUCAGCACUGCAUCAUAUAACAAGAGACUUUCCAGAACUUGCAGUGGAGACAGAAUCGAUUGAUCUGUCCAAUGAGGACUGGGUCCAGUCUGUCAAAGACAGCUACCAACCAAUGCAGGUGGCGAAUGGGGUGUGGGUGGUACCUGACUGGUGCCAACCUCCAAACCCUCAGGCUACCAACAUCAUGCUCUACCCUGGACUGGCCUUUGGCACAGGGGAUCAUGCCACCACUCAGCUAUGUUUGGAACAACUGAUGAAUACGGGUCUUCAGGGCAAAAGCUUGAUUGAUUAUGGAACAGGCUCAGGGAUCCUGGCCAUUGGUGCGCUACUGCUUGGGGCAAAGAAAGCGGUUGGUGUUGAUGCAGAUCCUGUUGCUGUGAGGGCUGCAAUACAGAAUGCUGAAUUGAACGGGGUGGAAGACAAGUUUACAGUUCUUGGUUGUGGCCAUUCUGGUGAUGAUGAUGAUCCACUUGCAGAGGGGGGCCUUCAACCUCGACGAUUUGACAUUUGUGUUGCAAACAUCUUGAAAGGUCCUUUGCUGGAAUUGUGUGAGCGUUUUGCGGGAUAUGUGAAGCCAGGAGGCACUGUCAUAGUUUCGGGCAUUUUAAAGGAGCAGGUACUUGAUUGCACCCAUGUGAGAAUGUUGCCGAUCGGCAGAGCGUGUUGGCAAUGCAAUAUAUGA